CUGUUACGUGAUUGUGUGACACAUAUGAUCGGUCAGUUCCGCUUUAGUGUGAGUGCAGGUUUAAAUGGGAGCUUGCCUGGAUUUGAGAAACGAGCGCUAAAAUAUUUGAUAGCGGUACCAGAAGAGGAAGAAGACGGCUGAAAAGAAAACAAUGAAAAGUAUCAGACCAGCAAAUAAUUCGAACUUUAUGAGAGACGCACGGAAGCGUUCAUUCUGGUAAAGGACAAGAAGGGGUGGACGUCCUGAAAAGAGCGGCGGACAGGAGCAGCAGUCCCGGGAAAUCACAACACUCGUCUUUCCAGGGAAAAGUCCAGUGUGAGAAUAUGUGAUGGGCAGCAUUUGUUGGCAGGGAAAGUGACUGCCAAUGCAACUGCCAUGGAAUUUCAUGAAAUUGACGUCAUCUGCGUCAAGGAAGAAGAUUAUGAUUGGGAGUCUACCCAGCUUACCCAGGAGGGUGUCUUCAUAAAGAAAGAAGGUUGUCAGUUGGAGAUUACUGACAUUAAAGAAGAGGACUGUGAGUGUAAUAAUAAAACUGUUAAACAAUUCAAAGAAGAUGUGUCUCCUGAGAAUGACCCCAAGUUAAGGGUGGCCACAGCUGUCCAAAAAGAGAAAACUGCUCUGGAGUCUACUCAAAGGACAUCAUGCUCAACGAUCCAUGUAAAGACAGAGCCACCAGAGUUUGAGGAAGCCAUUUCAGGGGAAAUUUAUUACUGGAGAGUAGAGCAAGAACAGCCAUUUCCAACAGCACAUUCGGAAAAAUAUUUACAACAGAAUGGAGAUUGCUGCUUAUCAUCAUUUGGUGCAGACUCUGUUCAGGACAAAAGUCAACAAAAUGAUCUUGAUGAAAAUACAAGUAAGCCAAACACUGAGACACAGAGUAUGAAACCGGAAAUCGUCAAGCUGAUAAUUACUGAUGGCAUCAAGAAUCUACAACAGAAACCUGGUAAAAAAGUAGCUGGUUUGUAUGUCUGCAAAGAGUGUGGGGAAACUUUUAAAUGUAAAUCUCAUUUUAAGGAUCAUCCCAAAGUUCACACUGUGCAAAAGUUUUAUUGCUGUACUCACUGUGGUAAACAAUUCUCUCAGCCAGGUAGUCUGCAGAGACAUACCAGAAUACACACUGGAGAGAAGCCACACUGCUGUCCUGAAUGUGGCAAACGGUUCACACAAAUUGGUCAUCUUCAGCGACACAUAAGAAUUCACACAGGAGAGAAGCCACACGGUUGUUCUGAAUGCGGCAAGAGGUUCACACAAAUCAGCAACCUUAAAGCACACAUAAGAGUCCACACAGGAGAGAAGCCACAUUGCUGUUCUGAAUGUGGCAUGAGAUUCUCACUCACGCGCAAUCUGCAGAGGCACAUGAUAAUUCACACGGGAGAGAAACCCUAUGGCUGUGCUGAAUGUGGCAAACGAUUCUCACAGAGGAAGAAUCUUCAGAGACAUACACGAAUUCACACAGGAGAAAAGCCGCAUUCCUGUGCUGAAUGUGGGAAGCGAUUCUCACACAUAGGCAAUCUUCAUGUUCAUAACAGAAUUCACACUGGUGAGAAGCCCCACUCCUGUUCUGAAUGUGGAAAACAAUUCUCUUGUAUAAGCAAUUUUCAGAAACACAUUCGAAUUCACACUGGAGAGAAACCCUACUGCUGUCCUGAAUGUGGCAAGAGAUUCACAGAGAAAAGACAACUUCAGAAACACCAUACGCUUCACACUGGACAGAAGCCCUAUUCCUGUACUGACUGUGAUAAGCAAUACACAGAAAAACGGCAACUUCAGAAACACCAGUUGACUCAUACUGGAGAAAAGACGUAGUUGUCAAAGAAAAACAGUAAUAAAGCAUGAAUCAUUGAAGUUUCGGUCUUGUGAUUAGUUGGUACUCAAAUAAUAAAUAUCAAACAAAUAAAUAUCAUGAAGUGCAAUCUGAAAUGUGCCAGAUGAGAAAUAAAACUACAGAGAUUGUGGCACUGGUGCUGGGAUCAAUAGGCUUUAUCAAAAUAAUAUUUUUCCAGGCCCAUCUUGGAUGCCUUACCAAUCACCAUUUCUCCAUAUGAAUUACAGAAGGAAGCACUAUUAGGAACAGUGCAAGUAGCAGCAUAAAAAUCACUCCAGGAAAACAAGCACACUUCAGGACUCUUUAAGAGUGAGGUUCAUUCCUGUCUUGAAAAGUAAGCAAACUAAACCAUUGUUGAGAAAUUAAUCCUGAGAAAAGUUGUAACACUGAAUUUGUUAAGAGAGACUUUCAAAAGGAUAGUCUUCUGCUACUAAAGAAAUGACAAUUGCAAUCCCGUGGUAUUGUGAUCAGUGUUACAUUUUAUUGGAUACACUCAGGCUUAUCAAAACAUUUUCAGUAGGUACAGUUGUGGCGAGUAUUUUGCAUCCAGUAAUCUCACAUACAUGUGUGUCAGGAAGAUAUUGGACUUUCAAUAAUUUCUACAACUGUUCUUUUUCUGUGGCAGAAUUAUUGUACAAAACAAAUCUUUUUUUUUUUUUUUUUAGAAAUUUAGUGCACAAGUUUUACUUUUGUGUGAGUUUUCUGAAUCCAUUACAAGGUCAAAAUUGUACAUACAGGAUCAAAACUAUCCAUACAAUACACUUAGUAUUUGGUUGAAUGAACCUUAGCAUAUUUCAACUUAGUGAGACGCUGCUGGAAGUCCUCAACAAGCUUCUGCCAGAAUUCUUGUUGGAUAUCUGACCAUUCUUCUUGGCAGAAUUGGUAGAGAGCAGCCAGAUUUGUUGGUUUCCUUGCACGGACCUGCCUUUUUAAGUGCAGUCCACAUAUUUUUAAUAGUGCUGAACUUUGGGAAAGCCAUUCCAAAUGCUUAAUUUUAGCAUGGUUUAUCCUUUCUAAAUCAAGCUUUGAUGUAUGAUUAGGGUCAUUGUCCUGUUGGAACACCAAAGUGUCUCCAGGUUUCAGCCUUCUAGCUGAUGGUUGGAAGUUAUGCAGAAGAAUUCUGAGGUGAUCCCCCUUCUUCAUUAUUCUGUCCACAUUGUGCAAUGCACCAGUUCUACUGGCAGCAAAACAGUCCCAGAUUAUGAUGCUACCACUGCCAUGCUUAACAGUUAGCACAGUGUUUGAAGGGGUUGAAUGUCUUACCUGCUCUUCUCCAAACAUACUUUUGGUCAGUGUGGCUGAAUAAUUCAAUCUUCAUUCCUCCAGAAGGCUUUUUCUUUGUCCAUGUCAUCAGCCAUAAACUUUAGUCGAGCUUGAAAGUGUUAAUUUUGGAGCAGGGGUAGCACCCUCUCAGCUCAUGGCAGUGUACGGUGACUUUGGUAUUCCAGCAGUUUCCAGUUCAUGGCUGACUUGUUUCUUGGUGGUUCUUGGAUUGCUUCUGACCACAUGGCCCAAUUUCCUUUUCAGCUGAGGGUAACAGUUUGGGUCUUCUUCCAGACCUUGACAAAGUGACUACAGCUCAGAAUAACUUGUUAUUAACAAUUGUUUGAACUGAUGAUCUUGGGAUCUGAAUGUAUUUAGAAAUUUUUCCAAGAGACAUUUCUGACUUGUGUAAAUCUCCAACGCUCUUUUUCAUGCUUGCACGGAGUUCUUUGGACUUUGCCGGUGUACUGUGCAAUGAGUGCUGUCAAACAAGCAAGACAGAGAAGCUACCAGCUAGAAUCCACUGCUGCAUGAUCACUAACAGGCAGUUAUGAGGCACCAAGUUCAAACACAUUUGGGAACGUUCAGCACCACCUCAUUCAUAAUCUAAGAAGGUGUCUGAAUAUUUUUAACCAUGUGAUGGUUUCUGAAAAUCCACAAUAAAUUAUUUUUUUUGUUUGUUUUAAAGGUUGUACAAUCAUGCAAAAGUUGUAGAAAUCAGUGAAAGCCCAAUACCACCUUGACAUACAUGUUCGUUAGAUGAAUGAUAGAAACUUUUAACCACAACUAAUAACACAAAUUGCAGAUGGAAGCCAUUCUGGAUAUAUUGGCCACUUGCUGUUGCGCCGGGGCACCUUAUAGUUGUUCUCUCAUUUCUGGUUUGCUGGGACACAGCGGCACUUCAUGCUUAUAAUUAUAACCUUGUGAUCUCGUAGUGGUGCAAAAUGUAAGAAAUGUAUUCAACUAUUUAUUGUAGUAAAUUUCUGUGAAAUUGAGAUGAUUUUGAAACUAAGCAUUAGUAAUCAGUUUAUUGAAGCUGAUUGAUAAACUAAACAUCAGUUCUUCCUGUUGAAUGUCUUCGUCCAAUUCUGGAGUAUUGGUACACUGCAGAGAGUACGUAGAUAAUGCUUUUCUAAUCUCACUAAUAGUAAUUCCUCGAACAUAAAGUGUUUUAAAACUAGAUUCCUUUGGCAGUCUUUCAUAAUUGUUUAUUAGCCCCAAGCUGUUUAUUUUUCUUUUAGCCUUUUUAAUUCUUAGGAGAGAUUUGCACCCUGCAAUUUCAAAAUCCUUUAUUCUUUCUGAAAAUUUAUCCUGAGCCAUUUUAAUUUUUUUUAUGUUUUUUAUAUAGUAAAGUGCAUAAAAAGUGGAAUAAAUUUUGUUAAGGGUGAAUAGGGGAAACAAAAUCUGAUUGGAGUGUGUAGUUCAUUUCAAUUGGGUGACAUACAUGACAAAAACUCAGUCAAAACCCUGAAGCGGCUAACAAAUUUAAUUUUUCUCUUUCUCAAGUGAAGAAUCGCUUUAUUUGUAAAAAAAGAUCAGACAAGCUUCUGAGGUGUAGCUCGACCUUACAUAAGGUGGGCACUGAGCUGUCAUCAAUGAAAUAUAAAUGGUAAUAAAAAUUAAUUUCCUUAAAUCAAGUACGAUCAAACUACAAUAAAUGCUUAGAAUUUCUCAAACCUGAAUCAGGUAUGCUUAAACCUCAAU